GAAAGUAUCUCAAUCAUAUUUGAGAGUGUGGAUUGCCGACCGUUGGUGUCAUUUGGAAUAAGUCGUCCAAAAAUUACGAAAAGUUAAUGCGGUUAGAGCUAAGCAGAAGAACGUCUGGGUUCCCAACUUUCCUUUGGCUCAAGUAAACCCUAGAUGACUAGAAUAUACCUGCCGUCUUUGUUCAAGAAUGGAGAAAAUUGACGUUUUCUGGAAGAUUGUUGUCGUCUGUUCGUGUGUUCUCCAACAGGUUAAUCAAGUCAAUUCCCAGGCCUCUCCAGUCAAUGUGGCCUUGAACAAGCCCAUCUCAGCUAAUAUCACCUGCGGAUUUGAUGGCCCAGAGAACUUUUAUGGACACACGGAGAUAGCCAAGCCGCCAAACGAGCGUGUGAUCUCAAGCUGCAAUGCCAAUAACCCAGCACUGGCCCAUGGUCCAGAGAAUAUGGUGGACCUCGAUCCAGCUACUGGUGAUGUGUACACAUGGUGGCAGAGCACCUCUAGGAAUAGACUACUGCAGGAAGGGAUGCUGAGCCCAGAUUCACAGAUAACCAUCAAUUUACAGGAGAAUUACCAGAUUGAAAGCAUCCAGAUACAAAUGGGUGACUCUGUCCGACCCAAGCAGAUGGCCAUCUUCAAGUCAACAGAUGGCAUUGCCUUUAUUCCGUGGCAUUACAAAGUCACAUCUAGCAGCGAGUGUACGUCUCAGUUUGAGCUGUCGGUGACUUCCACUGUCAGUCAAACUUCUUCUGUACUUUGUACAGUGUACUCAGGAAGUGCUCAGCCAAGAAAUGAAGUGAUAACUUUUGACUUCAACCCUCCACCUAACUUGAUUGAAUGGCAGCGUGCAAGAUAUGUGCGAUUUAACUUCUACAACAUGGAACAGAGUUUUGGUCUUUUCUCAAAUGAUUAUCAUCAUUACACAGUCCGCAACAUCAAUGUUCUGGCCCGCUGUGAAUGCAACGGCCACGCCUCAGACUGUACCCUGCAGCCCCUGGCUGGGGAUCCUGGCCGCAUGACCUACCAGUGCGAGUGUGGUGGUAACACUGGCGGGUCCACUUGCAGCGAGUGCCUGCCAUUCUACAACCAGUUAGCCUAUCAGACAGGCGAGUCAGGCUUCACUUGCCAAGAAUGCAACUGCUUUGGGCACAGUGACACAUGCAUCUAUGACCCUGCAGUUGGAAGAGUGAAUGGUAGCUUGGAUUCCAGUGGGAACUACAGCGGGGGUGGUGUCUGCCAAGACUGCCGAAACUUCACUGCAGGCAUUAACUGUCAGCAGUGCCAACGUUUCUACUAUCGUCCGUCUGGCAAGCUCCAGACAGAUGAAGAUGCCUGCCAGCCUUGCAGCUGUAACAUCCCAGGUACUAGGGAGGACCCUAGCACUGGCCUGGUGAAGGGAGAGUGUGUCAUGAACAGUGGCAGCCCUAGCCCUAGUGGGAUGCUGCCAGGAGAUUGCUACUGUAAAGUCAAUGUACAGGGAUCCAAGUGUGAAGAGUGCAAAGAUGGAUUCUAUGAUCUCACAGAUGCCAACUCCAAUGGUUGUCUGAGCUGUAAUUGCUUCACUGCGGGGACGGUGUCUGCGUCUAACAUAUGCAGCAAGGACGCCACGGGCCAGUGCCCCUGCAAGAACUUCACCAUCGGCCGCCGCUGUAACCAAUGCAUGGAUGGCUACUACGGCUUGGCUGCUGACAAUCCAGAGGGGUGCUCUGCAUGCUCUUGUGAUGCCGGAGGGGCCCUCAGUGCAACCUGUGACAAGGUGUCUGGGGUCUGUGCUUGCCGGAGCAACAUUGAAGGCAGACAGUGCAACAGUUUGACAGCAUUUUCCUACUACCCUACCCUGCACUCGAUCAGUGCCGAGUUUGAAAGCAUCGACCACACUUAUUGGGAGAGAGACAGUGUAACAUAUCCUGGCUUCAGCUGGUAUGGCUACGUCACCCUCACAGGCCAGAUGUCCACCACAACAACGCUGACUGUGCCCCCCUCCCAGUUGAGAGGAACCUUUGAGAUUCUCCUGCGGGUGGCCAACCAAGGUACUACGCAGGUGGACCUGACCAUUUCCAAGAGAGGGGCGACGGAUGGAGCCAAACAGAGGGGCACCGUCAGCCUCCCCCUCUGCCCUAGCUGGUGCCUUGAUGGUGUGGCACAGAACGUGGAUGUCAGCCAAGGGUCAAGGUUCACGCUGGGUGCCGGGGAGUGGGACAUCACUAUCACCGUGAACCUCCAGGGUGGGGCAAGAGUACUUUUUGAUCAAGUUGUUGCACUGCCUAUAGAGUUCUCUGAACCCUCAUCACUACUUGGAGAGAUGGCUUCUGAUUUUACAACUGUGUGUGAUGUGUACAACAAUAACAUGAGAAUUGGCACAAGUCAAGAGAUGUUCUGCCUUGCCAACGUGUUCACCUUGACUACGUUCUACUUUGACGGGGCUAUGCCAUGCAACUGUAACCCCACCGGCAGUGUCACACUGCAGUGUGAGUCGUACGGUGGACAGUGUGAAUGCAAGCCUGGUGUUGGGGGCCAGAUGUGCGAUAUGUGCCUACCAGAAUUUUAUGCCUUCAGAAGCACUGGAUGUACACCCUGCAAUUGCUUUGGGGAUGAUAAAGUCUGUGACAUGACAACAGGACAGUGUGGUUGUUCCCCAAACACUGCUGGCCAGAGAUGUGAUCGCUGUGUCACAUUUGCAUGGGGACUUGACAGCACUAAUGGAUGUCAGCUCUGCAACUGUGACCCCUUGGGGUCAGUUAAUCCCCAGUGUGAUCUGACAACGGGACUGUGCACAUGCAAACUGGGGGUAGGGGGCAUGAGGUGCAACCAGUGCCUGGAUGGCUUUCAGGGAUUGACCUUCAGCGGUUGCACUACAUGCCAGUGCGAUCUGGCGGGCAGUCUGGGGACCACCUGUAACAAGACAACAGGCCAGUGUCCAUGCAAGGAGUUGACUGAAGGUUUGACGUGUGGUAGUUGCACGCCUGGAAGCUUUUUCAAUUCACCCCUCCACCAAACUGGGUGUCUACAGUGCAUUUGCAUGGGAAUCACAGCAGUAUGCGACAGCACUCAGGAUACAAUCAAUCAGUACAACCUUCCGACUGACGCCAGUCUCCUAAGUAAUUGGUCCUUGGUUUCGGACCUCACCACGCUAGCCCCCUUCCCUGGUGCACCCAUGGCAGCACCCUUCAACAACACAGACUUCAUUGCCGUGACAGUUCAAGGGAGUCAGGAUGCCUUCUGGAUGUUGCCAUCCUUGACGGGCAACCUGCUGGGCGUGUAUGGAAGCCCCUUGCAGUUCUCCGUACGUUAUACGGCCCAGGGUCCACCGGGAGCUGCCGUUGCCAAAGAGGCCAAGAUUUAUAUGAAGGGCCCGUUGAAUACGUACACACGUAGCCUGGGAAUGGUGCCAUUGAGUUCCCUGCAAGCCUUUUCCAUACAAAUCACCGAGACGGAAUUUAUCAUAGAGGGCUCAGGAGCGUCCGUGGACCGGUCUGAUUUCUUGCGGACCCUCAGCUCAGUGGAGGGAAUCUUUGUGUCGGCAUCACUCACAGUAGUGACCCACCAGUCGAGCAUUGGUGAAGUGUCUUACUCCACAGCCACUGAUAGGAAUUCACCCUUGUACAACCCCUUGGCAGCGAGAGCACUCUCCGUGGAACAGUGCAGCUGUGGCAUUGGGUACUCAGGAUAUUCCUGUGAGGAUUGUGCCACGGGUUACCGACGAUCCAAUGUCAGCAGUCAUCCAUUCUUUGGAGAAUGUGUGGCAUGCAAUUGUAAUGGCCACAGUGGGUCAUGUGACCCUGAAACUGGGCAGUGUCUAGAAUGCAGCCACAAUACCACUGGAUUUAAUUGUGAGCAGUGUGCUGAUGGUUUCUAUGGUGAUGCAACCAAGGGAACACCCAAUGACUGUACAGAAUGUCCCUGCGGCCUCCCUCAAGCCCAGUCAGCAGCAUGUUCGGUGAUUAAUGGCACCGUCACCUGCCUGCAAUGCAAUCCAGGCCAUCUGGGACCCCUCUGUGACAGGUGUGAUGUAUUCCACUAUGGUGAGCCUCAUCUCCCUAACGGCUUCUGCACACCUUGCUUCUGCAACGGGAACACGGAUCAGUGCAACACAGUCACAGGCCAGUGUCUGUCUUGCGGAUCACGGACAACAGGGUUCAACUGCGAGAGGUGCCUGGACUUCACCUUUGGAAAUGCAUCUGUGCGCAACUGUCAAGAUUGUAACUGUGACCCUGUCGGUUCCAGUGGCAACCUUUGUGACCAUUCCACCGGCCAGUGCCCCUGCCGCCCAGGCGUUGGGGAUCGUCGCUGCAACGUCUGCCUGCCCAACUUCUACAACUUCUCCUCUCAGGGCUGCCAGGCCUGUGACUGCAAUGAGUUUGGCUCCGUCAGCCUUCAGUGUGGACAGGAUGGCCUGUGUCCCUGCCGCGCUAACGUUGAUGGAAUCAAAUGUGACCAGUGCAUGGUGGGAAGAUAUGGGCUUCCCCAGCAACUAUGCGCAGAUUGUGACUGUGAUGUCAGGGGCUCUGAGGGUGGGGCUCUAGCUGUUUGUGACAUCUACAGUGGUCAGUGUCCGUGUAAGCCUGGUGUGGGCUCGCGCCGCUGUGACCAGUGCCUGCCAACAUAUGUCAACUUUACUGACACUGGAUGUAGUAAGUGUGACCAGUGUGUUGACACUCUCCAAAACUCCACCGUCAGCCUCAACAUUCUGUGGAUGCUGCUGUGGGAACAUGCCAGCCUCCUGAACGAGCUGCAGCAGCGGGAUGCCGAGCUGGAAGGCCUUCGACCUCAGGUUGUUCAGAGAGUGACCCAGCUGAAUGACACCCUGACCAGCUUUGCCGAGCUGAGGCGCCAGGUCCAGAACAUAGAUGAGCAGGGGAUUGUGUCAAAGGUUGACGGCCUGGUCACACUGGUGGGCCAAGCUAUGGAGGCCUCUCAGACAUUACUGAACAAUGCCACAUCAGAACUGCAACGUGUCCAGGGUCUGUCGGCCCAAGCCGAGUCGGUUCUGGCCGGUGUCUCGCAUACUAACCAGACAGGCCUGGAUUACCUGGACCUCCUUGAAAACUGGAAUGCAACGGCUGCUUUACUGCCUGGCAUGGCCCAGGGCAAGCUGGACAGGCUGGUGCUGGUGUCAUUCGAAACGGAGGAGAGGAUGAUCAGGGCUGAGUUGGCGAGAAGCCAGAAUGUGUCGCGGGAUGCGGAGGCAUUACUAACCUUAAUCAUGUCACAGUCGUCCACAAGCAAUGCCUUAAAUACCUUGGUGGUUUCAGCAGAAACACAGUUCAUGGACACAAUGCAGAUAGUGACCAAUACUCACACCUUGCUCAAUGAUGUUGAAGAUGCUCUGAGCCAAGUUGGAUCCGUUGUUACUCAAAUCGAGACUCAGUUGAACUACUCCAGCCAGCUUUUAUCAGAAUCUCAAGACCUUCUUCAGAGGAUUGACACCAUGCUGACUGCAAGCCGAACCGACAUAUCCGAUGGGGACCAGGCCUUUGCUGAUGCUAAUACCAUCAGGCAGGGUGCAGCUGCGGGUUCACCUGGGGUGCCCGUGGACCCUAGCAUUAAUCAGGAAGGUCAGAAUGGUUGGAUCAAUACUCAUUCAUCUGCAAGGAAUGCAGACGCAGCAGUGUCCAGCCUGCAGCCAGUCAUUGAGAGUAACGUCCUCAGUGCUGAGAACCAUGUCCUUUCUCUUACCUCAGUGGCACAAGAGUCAAGCAGGCUGUUUGCAGGAGCCAGUGCCCUCAGCCAGCAAGCGGUGGACGUGGUCCAGCGCUACCAAGCCGCAGUGUCGUCCAUCACAGAAGCCGAGCUGAUGUCUGAGGCAGCCAAUGCCAGCAUAAGCACCACACAGCAGAGUGUCGAGGUACGAACCCUGGCUGCACUGCAAGAGGACGCCAGUACAUCCCGCGAACGCAGCGUAGCACUGGAGAAUGAAAUUAACGCAAGGAACACUGAUGUAGCAGGUUUGGAGAGAUCCCUACUGACAGCAAAUGAGACUCUUGUAUCUGCUGAGGACUUAUGGGACACCAUUGCAGUCAGUUACUUGACUCUUCAAGAAGAGGCCAAUGCACUUUCACAAACAGCCAAUGAUCCACAGAUUCAGCCAAUUAUUGACCAGGGUCUCAGCUCGGCUAACCUGGCUCUUGGCGUAAGUGGUGUGACCCUCAACAACACACGGAUUCUGGACAAUGUACUCACAGAUAGUGAGAAUGACAUUGAGGCUAUCCGAGAGACUGUCAAUAAUGUGUCAAGUCUACUUGGCACAACCCCUGGAACAGUUAGUGAAGUCGAGGCGGACUUGGUAACCCUUUCUCAGAAGACAGUCAACCUGACAGCCCUCCAGAAUGAGACCUCACAGAUGCGCAGUGCCAUCAACGAACGCCUGGCACGCCUCAGGGAGAAACUGCGCCGCGUGCAAGACAGGAUCGCCACCACCAAGCAGCCAGCUCGCUUCUCUGGCCAGACAUCACUGGAAAUUCAGCUUGACUCUGGCAGGUCCACUCUGUCCAACGAGGUCCAACUAGAUUUCAAGGCGGACAGUCCAGAUGGUCUGGUGUUCUUCAUGGAGAGCACCGCCAACCAAUUCUACAGUGUAGAAGUGGUGGCAGGAAAGGCGCAAUUCAGCUUCAACAUCAAUCGGGAUGCGGUCACCAUUCAGAGUCCCAUAGAGGUGUGCUGCGGGGAAUGGUAUCAAGCCAUUGGUACUAGAUAUGCCAAUGAGGGACAUCUGUCCAUUGUCAAGCUGAGCACAGGUGGAGCAUCUGCCACCUACGGCCGGAGCACCUUCACCUAUGACAAGUACUUCUCCUUUGCACCCAAUAAGACGUCAUUCUAUGUUGGCGGCAUCCCGAGCUCAUACCAGACCAAUAAGGUCAGUAGCCGUAGCUUCGUAGGCUGCAUCUCGGACGUUACUUUCGACGGCCAGGAACUGAACCUCUGGCGCCCAACUUCCCAGGAAGGAUCUACACUGUGCUGCCAGGGGGCAGUCGAAGUUAUCACCCCUGAACCUGACAUCACUCCUGGAGCAAGUUUCACAGGAUUUGGCUUUUACAGGCUACCCAACGAUGACUUCAAUGUGUAUGAGUCAGCAAGCAUCUCUCUAGACUUCCAGACCUCAGUGCCGGAGUCUGUCCUGAUGAUCGUAACCCGGCCUGACCUCAUCUCAUACAUCGGGAUCUUCAUGCGAGCUGGGAAUGUCAUGUUUGAGAUGAACACAGCGGGCAACGCUAGGUACAUUCUCCAGACCUUGGGAACGUACAAUGAUGCAAGGUGGUACAGGGUGAAUGUCGCUUACAACUCCUCCCACUACCGCAUGGAUAUUGGCUACGCGAACCAGACAGAUGCGGUGCUAGAGAGUUUCAUGCAACCAACGGUGGCUUUCCUGCGGUUCCCCAACCUGCGUUAUGCAUUCAAGUUAUUCCUUGGCUCUCCCGAUCCAGCGCUUUCCGCUGAUAUCAUACGGGGCCCGACCAAUCUUCGCUUUGCGGGCUGCAUGAAAAACGUGAAGCUAUCGAACGGAACAACACAAGGCAUGGUCAGCAGACCCUUGACAAACACAACGGCCAUUGAAUAUAUGGGUGUCUCGUUUGACGGCUGCAGGGCUAAUGUGACAGCCGGCAUUGGUUUCUCCGGCCAGUUGGCCUUUGCUCAGUUAUCUCUGCCCCUCCAGCUCGCCCGGACUCGUUCCAUCAGUUUCUUCUUCAAGACGCUGGAGCCCCAUGGCAUCCUGGCCUACAGUUACGGCACCUUGAGCUUUAACAAGCUGUUUUACAUUGCUCUGUACCAUGGCAACAUCUUUGUCCAGUACAAUGCCGGUGAGGGUUUGUCCGAGCCACUGCAGACGGUAGGACUUCGUCUGAACACCGGACAGUGGCAAGAAGUGACUGUCCAGUUCACUGGCCUCUCUGCCUCACUCAAGGUGAACGACCUGCCCACCGUAUACAGCAUGCGACACCUUCAGACUGAAGGCAUAGACAUACUGGGACAGAGUAGCUACCUGUAUGUGGGCGGAGUUCCUAGCACCACACCCAUUCUGAUUGGCGGAGAGUUCCCCAUCCGCAUGUCCCUGAGUGGAGACCUGAGAGAUUUCAUGAUCAACUCACUCUCUGUGAACUUCAAUGAUGGCUCCAUAGUCCUGGCAAAUCACGGGCUGGACCUGUCCGGUGUUACCCCACCGGUAUCUGAGUUGCCACCACGCCCCUACCCCACCUCCCCAGCCCCCACUGGUACUGCAGCGCCCACCACCUGCAGAGAGCCCACGCUGGUCAUCCCCUACCCAGGGGCGGUCAGGUUUGGCGUUACAACGAGCAGCUAUCAGGCUUACCAGCUUACACCUCAACAGGCAGCACUGUUCUUGAAUAGGUUUGUGAUCAAGCUGUCAUUCCGUGCCCUCUCCCCGGACGGUGUGAUGCUCUAUGCAGCCAACAGCCCCACCACACCGAGGCAAUUCAUGGGCCUGGUCAUGAUCGAUGGUAAGCUGUCCUUUAACAUCCUGACGGACUCUAGAGCCAUGACUGGUUUCAACAUAGCCACCAGGGAACGGUAUGACAAUGCACUCUGGCAGGAGGUAACAAUCCUGCGCAUCCAUGACUUUGUGGCCAUCCUGGUAGAGAAGACGAGGGACUACAGCAGAAAUGUUGUGCAAUUGGAUUCUGUCGUGUCCAGCAUUGCCAUCAACACUGACCUCUAUGUGGGAGGCAUUGGCCCUGGCAUCGCAAGGAGUGGGUACCACCUGCGGAUUUCAAAUCCCUUUGACGGCUGCAUCAGGAUGCUGGAGUUUCAGUUUGCUGCUCCGCCUGAUUUGAUAUUUAACCUCAGCAAUCCAACCAGCAUGGUUGACGUUCAACCCUGUAGCAUGAACGAAGUGGACCCCGGCGGCUCCUUCGAUGGCACCGGUUGGCUGCAUCUGAUGAACAACUUCCGCAUUGGUGACAGCUUGGAUAUCCAGCUGACCAUACGCACAGUCAUGCAGAAUGCACUAUUAUUGGCCAUCUCUGGAGAUGCCCAGAACUUCAUUGCAAUGGACAUUUACAAUGGAUUGGUGAGGGUGAUAGUCAGCCACGGGUUCAUGUCAUCCUACAUCGUCCGCUCCACCACGCUGUCCAGUGAGUUUGCCGUCUGCAACAACCAGCCCCACCUCCUCCGCUUCUCCUUCACCACAGCUGCUCUUGCGCUGACCGUGGAUGAUAAUCUCAGAGACGUGGUGUCCUUUGACGCAGGCACGCCCACCGUGGCUGCCACCAAUGGGUUGGCUGUGUAUAUUGGUGGGAUACCUGAUAUCACCACCGUACCCCUGAUCAGCGGAAUCGCCACCAAUUCCUUCCAGGGUUGUAUGCAGGACCUGCUCAUCAAUAAUGCCACUGUGCCGUUCAGGGACAACCUGGGCAAAGUGGGCUUCACCACAGGCUGCCCACGCCCGGUCUAAGAAAGGUUGGCUCUAUUAAAGGUUAGGUCCAAGACAGGUGCUUGACCCUUCAAGGAAACUAGGGUCAUUCAUAUCAAAUAUUCUGAAUUCCAUUACUUUGUCCUCCACAGAAAAAGUGGAUACUUAGUAAAUUUGUGUUGAAGGUUUUAAAUCAUUGCGUUCCUUAUUUCUCUGUUCCUCAAUCAGGAGGCCAGGCACAAUAACUUUAAUGUAUUUUGCGCCAGAACUCAUGUUCUGUCAUAGCUUUGCACCAAGAAUGCUGUUUUUACAAAAACAAUUCUGUCAGUUUUUGGAUUACUGCAAAUGUUAGGUACUUUUUGAGGGUUGUGGAGCAUCCAAUUAAUCGUUACCAUCUUAAAAAUCUGCCCACAAUGUGAUGGUAACUCUUAAUAUUUUUUAAUUGAUUUUCUCUCCAUAUAUUUUACUAAUGUCAAGAUCAUGUUCUUCAGUAACGUUAGGAUUUUCCCAUCAUGUUUUAGUGCUGGUUUGUUGUGAUGUUUUUGCUUUGUUUAGUUUGAUUUCUUUAAUGGUUUGUUUGUCUGUUUAGUUUUGCAUCUGUACAUUUGAGGUGUUUUUCACCACGUGUGUUCAGACAGCUCAAAUUGCAUGAAACUAUACCACCACUUUUCAUUCACGGUGCUUUAUCCCACUGAAAAUUCAAAGUGCUUCAUUAUUUUGCUGUAGCAAUUAGCAGUCAAUUUUGCUUUAUGUGAUGGAUUUUUAAGUUGCAAACCUGAAGAUAGCGCACUGUAUGUAUUCAGAACUUCCCACAAUGUCCUAUAUUGAGUACAUUGUCAAAGCACAGAGUUCCCAUUUUACUUUUGUGAUCCGCCACAACGGUUUCGACCUGUAAACACUCACACAAAACAUUCCAAACUGUUAAGAAUAAGCUCAGUAAAUGACAAAUGGGAACUAUCACUUAGUAGAAAUCUGUUACAAAUCAGCUAAUGAAUGCACAAGUUGUGUAAUGCCGAUAACACGUAUUCUGAAAUGGAAGAGCUGCAUUCCUUUGAAUUAAAUUUUUUUCCGAAGUACGUUCAAAAGGCCUGUCUCACUUUACAUGUAAUAAAUAUGUGAAGUACACAA